UCAGUUGAGACGCUAAGUGUUUCUACGUUGUUAGAAUAACAUUUUCUUAGUGAUUAUUUGUCAAGAAUGGAAGUAUAUCCCAUACGUCUACAGCCAGGCGCUGAAAUAAAAUCAAGUCUUCUGCAGUUUGUUAAAGACAGGGAUCUUAAUGCUGCAUUUGUAAUUACUUGCUGUGGAAGUAUAACACAAGUGAUACUUCGAUAUGCAACGUCAGUGGAAAAUGGCAUCGUAACUCAUAAAGAAGAGAGACUGGUAGAGCCAAUGGAAAUCCUUAGCUUGACAGGAACUGUAAGUCAGGAUGGUGCUCAUUUACACACGUGUUUAGGGAGACAUGAUGGGUCAGUGGUGGGAGGUCAUGUGAUUGAUAGUAUGGUGGUGCAGACAACAGCAGAAAUAGUUGUUGGGAAUGCAGCUAGUUACAAGUUUACAAGAGUAAUGGAUUGUGCAACAGGAUAUGGUGAGCUGUGUGUGUCCAGUUGUCAUAAAAUGCAAACUGAAGGAUGUUUUACAACUGAGUAGCUAUCUAGUUAUAAUAGAUAUUAUUUAGUCUGGCAGGAGUCCAAACAGCACUUCUAUAUCAACAGCUGCAAAACCUUGAAGACAACUAGGUCAGUUAUUAAAAUAUCACGCAGAAAAAUGAAAUCUUCAAUGUAGAUGAACACCUGUAAGUAUAACUUCUAUUAUUCAAAUGGGUGCAUUUAAACUGGAUUGUACUUUCCAUUCAGAACUGCUGGAUGAUAAAUGAACAGAUAAUCCUGUUAAACAAGGCAAAAUAACUAUAAGUAUAGUGGUUUACAGGUUCAUGAUUUUGUGAAAUUUCAUCCAUUCCAGUUUGUUGGGUUUACUUGCUUGCUCCAUAGAAUGUGCAGUCGACUUGCAAAUUGGGCAGGAUGAUGCAACAUUUCUUGUAACUGUUUCGUUUGUUCAGAUGUGUAAAUUAUAAAUCUAAAGGUGGUGGUUCCAAUCCCACUGGUGGUGAAACUUUUUCUUCUCCUCUUUGAAUUAAUAAGAUAUUAACCUCAGUCAAUUUGGGUGUAUGAAAAAAAAUGUAAAGAUUCAUUUAUAAAUCCCCUUAUAAAUGGAUUGGUGUAAUAUGUCUCAGACUGAAGUAACAGAAUGAAAUAUCUCCUCCAGUAGAACCAUGACGUGGAAUGAAACUGAUGUUUGUGUUUUUUACAUUGCUCUACUGAAAUGAGUUUAGGGAACAAGGAACUGUGGAAUUUUGAGCACUUAGUGAUCAGGGAUUCACACUCCGGUUCCAAUAAGAUAAAACCAGAACAGUUGUGCAAGGAAGGAAUUAAAUUUUAUAAAGUGUGAAUGAGUAUAAUUAUUAGAAAGUGACAUUUAGUUUAUCAAAUGAUAGUGGAGGAAAAAUGAUUUGUAUCCACUACAGCAUCAGCUAUCCAAUUAGCUCAUAUGCUUUGACAUCACAACAUAACACAGGCUUGCAGCAUUUACGUGCACCUAGAAUGUACUAAGCUACAUAGUACUUUUCCAUUGCUGAAGUAUGACAUAACUACUUUACAAAGAAGAAAUAAAAAUAUCUGCCUGCCAUUAUUGUAAUAUCAUCAAGAUUGGUCCACUACUUUACAGAGAUACAAGUGGCAAACUAAUGGGAAUAACUUUUAAAUGUUUGUCUUAUUAGUGGUUGUUUAUUUCUGUGGACAAGAUAUCAAAGCUCGGAAUCGAGGCUUACACAAAAAAGAACAUUUUAGACUUGUUCACUCAUAAGUAAAUGUGCAGUAAUACAAAAUAAAGUUUCAUUACUUUGUAGGAAACGGAUACCGAGGUUUCCAACUUUCAUUCUGGUGACACUUAAUGGUGAAAAGGUAUUCCAAUCAAAAACGGUAAUGACCUAAAAAUAAGUGUAGCCGGCCAAAAUGAUUUGAGUAAUUUAAAAUUUCAGGCUAGGUGCAAAUAAAAUAAAAUUAUAAGGUAUGUCAGCUCAGAUCAUCCACUCACCACACAGUAUCAAAAGCCCACGUUGCAUAUCAAUAAACUGAAACUGAUUAUUGCUCCUAGAGACCCACAGUAGUUUACCUCUUGCUGACAUAUUUGUGUUUAGUGAAACAGUCAUGUUUUGCUUGAAUUAUAUGUUACAUUUGUAAACUUUUUCAUAAAUAAAAGCACAUGUAAACACUAAGAGAAAUGAAAUUUUGAGUGUUUGCUUUGAUUCUUAUAAAUUACUUAUUUGUAAACAGUCCUUUAAUGACCAAAUAGAAUUUGAAAGAAAGUAAUGAGGAAGAAAACUAAGAAUGAUUAAUUAUGGUGUAAUUGUAAUGUUUUGUUAAUGCCAGAUUCAUAUAUUCAUCGGAGGGAUGAAAAUUCCUCACAAAUCAGGAACUCAGGAGCCAAUCUCUGUGGCCCAAGCUCCAUAGGUGGUGGGCUGGUGUGCUUGCUUUUGUGAAUGAAUGGUGUGUGUUUCACUUUUUCAGAUGAAGGCUGUGACUGAAAGCUCAUGUAUAAGUGUCUUAAUUGUGCCUGUGUGCAACUUAGCACAUUAUCUUUACAGUAAGUAGCAAUCUGUCUUUUCCUACAAAGUUGUUAUUCAAAUGCAGUAAUGUAGCUUCAGUGUUACUCUUUCUGGCAAUCAAAUUAGGUAUCAGACUGGCACAGAUAGUAAAUUGCGAAUAUGUAUAACUCAUUGUGAAGGUGGGCCUCGUAAAACUGUAGUAGUAGUAGUAGUAGUAGUAGUAGUAGUAGUAGUAGUAACAACAAACAGUUAAGUGAAUGAUACUCAUGCAGACUGGGAAGAACUUAGAUGGUAACUCUUUGCACUAGAAAACUGCUCUUAAGAAUUAUGGCACUACUUACAUUGUUUUGAGCUGUUCUGUUUACAGUUAGCAAAUGUGUCCAAACUUAUCAAAUUUGCGAACUUUUUCCAGCCUUAAAUAAAAUGUGUGGUUCACAGUGUAAACACAGGUUAUUCAUAUUAAAUGUAAUUAAUACUUGUUAAAAUACAGGAUUUGGGAGAAUAAACUGAAUUAGGGAAAAAACAACAAAAAUAUUUGAAUUGUAUUACACAGUUUAAUGAGUGAAACUAAAAACUGGUCGGUUUUAGUUAUCAGAGUAUGUGCUAUCUGAGAAUAUUUGGCAGUGUUUGGGGGGGGGGGGGGGAAUUGAAGCCUGAAAUAUUCUGUUGUGAUUAGAAAAAUUUGUGAAGACGUAGUGGUUAAAUUGUAAUGCCUAUGAACUGGCAUUAGUGCAGAUAAGUCGUGUGGAUAUAGUGAACAGGUUUGCUAUUUUUCUGGAAAAUCUGGAAUUCUCAAGGCAUUACAUGUUAUCUGAAAAAAUAAGGGAAAUUUAAUGAAGUCUCGGGAAUUCUUUGUUUUUAAUCUAGCAUUGUAAUUUAAUUUUAUUGAGCUCUAUAAAUCACGAAUUUUAAAAUAGUCUAUAUUUCAAAGUGUGUUAACUAUAUGAAUAUUACUCCAAACUAAUUAUUGAUGUUUAAAAACUUUUGUUAAAUUACUGCUUAUUGGCUGGCACGUCUAAUCUGCGAUGAAAGAAAAAUAAUAAUUGUGAGAUGCUGCAAGCCGCCCACCCCCCUUCUCACAAUUUUUUUUAUCACAAGGAGCUUCUUAUUACAUCUUCCUCUCCAUACCUGGAAUUCCCAGGGUUUUUAGAUUGAGUAGCCACCCUGGCAAGCAAAGUAUGUUCAGUGGAGGAAGAGGGCAAAGACAAAAUGAUUGAUGAACUCAUUGUCAUGCACAACAAGACAUCAAGAUGUUGAUCUGUUGUCAUAGAAUCAGGAUAAAAUUUGCUCGACUAUACCAAUGCUUUGAUUCUCCAGUAAACGAAAACUGUAGUCAUGAAAACAAGUGAAUGAUAAAUAUAAACAUAAAAAAUUGUAUGAUUACUUCCUAAUAGUGAACUGAAAGAAGUGAUAUUAAAUUCAAUGU